AUGGCUCAUGCAAACCUUGUGCCUAAACUAUACAAGUCCAUUAUUGAAGAUGUGAUUGAAGGUGUGCGGGAACUCUUUGCAGAAGAAGGUUUAGAGAACGAUGUUCUGAAAGACUUGAAGCAGCUUUGGGAAACCAAGGUGAUGCAGUCUAAAGCAACAGAAGGCUUCUUCAGGCAUAACCACCAUCCACAGUUUACCCUGCAGUUGCCACACAGUUUUCACCGUGUUCUGCAGACUUCAGCAGCUUCUUUAGUCAUCCCAGCUGGCAGAGGUUUUCAGCAUUUCAUGGCAGCAGAUCUGGGUGCUUCACGAGCAGGUGCAACUCUUACUCUCCCUCCCGGUAUUGCGUAUCCUAUACAUGUACCAGCUGGAGUGACGCUGCAGACAGCAUCUGGGCACCUUUAUAAGGUAAAUGUGCCUGUUAUGGUUACACAGACCUCAGGAGAUGCAAGUAUUCAACACCAGCCUGUUCAGCAGAUAUUUCAGCCUCUCGGGCAACCUUCAGUUCUACAAGCCAACGUUGCCACCGUUGCACAAGUGAAUGCAUCUUCUACCCAGGCAGCUGCUGAAACAUUGCUACCUCAGGAGACUGCUGUCCAACAGACCGAGGUAUUUCAACCAAAUGUCAUGGAAAAAAACCACCUGGAGAACUCUGCCAAUCCUGCAUUGGUCCAGCAGCCUUCUGUGAGUCAGCAGCAAUUUGCAACUAACACGGUGUUGAAUCAGUGUGCAGACUCAACAGAAAAAUCCCAGCAUGGCAAUCUUCACACAGCUGUGUUUACUCCAGAAUCCUCUGAGGGGUUUUCUCCCGCAGAAUCCUUGGCAAACAACUCGAGCAGCAUACUGUUGGAUAUGGAGGAGCAGUUAGACAUUGAGCCUCAGGAGUCGGGACAACAGCAGGUGUCUGAUGAUAUCAUUGACCUGAUUGUUACAGGCAAAAGAUUGGAUGGUAACACUGUUCUGAAAGAUCAGUCCAGCAUUGCAUCCUCUGACAAGAUGGAACCUACUGAGCAGAUGGAAUCUAAUUUACAAUCAGAGAAGCAUAUCUGCAGUGACAUUGAAGACAUAAUUCAGCUAGAUGGUACUGGUGAUGUAUCUCCCAAGGAAGAAAUACUACAUACAAAAGAUAAGGAAGAGAAUGAAUUCAUUGGCAUUAUUGAAUCAGAAGAUCUAAAAGUUUUGGAGGGUGAGGAAGACGAUGAUGAGGAAUGUGACAGCAUUUCAAGCACAGAGUCCAGCAGCAGUGGUGGAGAUAACGAAGAGCCCCAAAUAGAUAUAGUAGAGGAGGACCCCUUAAAUUCUGGUGAUGAUGUCAGUGAACAGGACACUCCUGACUUGUUUGACACAGACAAUGUAAUAGUUUGUCAGUAUGACAAGAUACAUCGAAGUAAGAACAAGUGGAAGUUCUACUUAAAAGAUGGAGUGAUGUCCAUUGAGGGUAAAGACCAUGUUUUUGCAAAAGCCAUUGGAGAUGCGGAGUGGUGA